AUGGCUGCGACUAUCACUACCUGUCCUGGUUGUCAAGGAAGUGUGUCAUCGGUUGCUAUCACAGAUGGACUGUAUACACACUCUUAUCCAGCCCUAAGAUGUACGAUCCUAAGUGAGUUUUUCUUAUACUUUAGACGAAGUUUAAAGAAACAGCGUUUGUACUGGAAAAGUUGCUGCACUGUUGAUUAAAAAUGUCAUUACAAGUUUCUCUGCGUCAUGAGAAUGGAUGAAUGUCUUAACCUUUGCGUGCUGUCGAAGUUAACCAAACGGGACGAAGUAGCAGGUAGCAGCUUUGCAUAGAACUGGACCUGCCUGUUCAAUGUUAUUAAGAAUCAACAGCCUGAGAUGCAAGUUCUUCAGGACAACUUCUUCUACCACUCUUCCAGAAAGUCGAGGUCGGGGAGUGAUGGAGAUCUACAAAAUGAGAAACAUCUUUUUGUUGAAGAGCAGAAGGUUUGCAGAGCACGAGCUCGAAGGUUUUCUCUGGAAACUAACCGACGCAGAAGGGCUUUGGAUGAAAGACGAAAGCUGUGGGACAUGCAGGAGCAACGCCUUCGAGAGAACAUCCUACAACAACGUAGACAGCAAAUACAGGAUGCAACUGAGCGCUUCCAAAGAGCCCAUCUACCUCCUUCUCAGAGAUACAGAUCUUUCCAAAGAAAUGAUCCAAAUAUUGAAGAUGCACUCAGUCAACUUCAAGGUACCUUGAGUUCAUACACUGGGCAGCCCCCUUUUUUGUCCAGCAACUCUAACAUUAGCAGAAUCUGCACUCCAUCUCCCAAGUCUCCCACAGUUUCUAAAUCCUCUCACCGCCAAGCACUCUCUGCUGUGGAGGCCUACACGAAGCUACUUCAGGAGCAAAGCAGAACAGAGAGGUAUCAAGAUCAUAGUCCACAGGGCAGCCACUUGUCUGAUUGCUGUAAUUCUGAAAGCCUUUCAAGCAAGGACAGUCUAGAGAAUGAGGACCUAAACCAAAGCACAAUAAAUCCACAGUCUUCCAACUCAUCAUUUUUUCUGGACUGUGAGAAGACCUAUCCGGAUCUGAGAAAGCAAAAUUAUUUGUGUCCAACAUCAGACCUAACUUCUGUCUCAGCAACAAUACUUCCCAAUGAAAAUGAUGCCAAAUCAAGAAAACUGUAUGAACCUGAGCAGGAAAAACAAGACUACUCUGAAUGGCCCAGAAAUUUCAUGCAUUCUUCUAAAGCUUCUUGGGGGUUUAUAUCUGUUGAGAAAACACCUGAAACAGAGAGCUGCCCUACUGUGCACCACUCCAACUCUUUAACUCUUUGUGAAAUUACUACUGGAGAUCCAGAGUACUUAAAGUGUUUACAAGACAAUCCCAGUGAGAACAUUAAUGUUACAGAUCAAGUUUUUCUUGGCAAUACAACAGCUGAAUCGUCAUAUCCCAAACAAGAAGCUCUAUUGGAUCUCAAACAACAGAGGCCACUUGAUGACAGACAAUUAAAAUAUCCACCCUCAACAGAUAUUCCUUUCCCUCCUAAAAAGGACCACAGCAAAAACAUUUGGUUUGGGGCUUCCGCUAAUCCAGAUCAUUUUUUGGAGGAUAGCACAGCAAAUAAUUUGUCAAAUGACACCUUUCAGCAAAUAGGAAAGGAAAAUCACAGUCUGUCAUCCAAGAAAGAACCCAGUGCUUCCAUAAAUAAUCUUAACAAGGUUUCUGAUUCAGAGUGCAAAACUUCAAAGCCAGUAAAUGCGGUAUCACUGCCACACUCAAGCUCAUCCAAUGUUCAGGUGGAGAAGUGUCCCAAAUUUUCUGAGAAAGAACAAAAAUUCCCUGUUUCAGUGGCAACUUCUCCUUCAGUGUGUGAAGUUAGACUAAUGAAAGGAAUUCUUAAAAAGCAGUCCAAAUAUAUGUCCAGAGAUAUCACGUGUAUGUAUGGCUCAGAGCAUUUGAUUUUUUCUAAACAAGUAGCAUUAGCAAUAAGAGAUAGUGUUGAAUUAUCAAGAGCAAAAACAAAGGAUAUGGAGGUCAGCAACACCAUUAAAAAGAAACUGCGUUGGUUUGAUGAGGUCCACAAAGAUGCUGAAGAACACAAAAUAUUACAACACAUUAAAGGCAAGUCUUACAGUCAGUAUCAUCCAAAAAUCAACUUAGAGGACCACCAACUAAGUCUCACUACAGACUUGGGAUCUUCCAAGCCUGGACCCAACAUGACCCCUGCAGCCUCCACUGGUUAUCACCUUACAAAAGAAGCAUGGACAGAUGUUGGGGUUCAAGUCAACUUGCCCCAGGAACAAACAGAUGAGGUCAAGGUGCCCCAGAGCAGCACCAGGGGCACUGGCCCCAAAGUCCCUCGGAGAGAGCGCCUUUCCAGAAUUGGAGCAGGUCCUGUUUCUACAAGAACAAGAAAGGGCACUGUCAUACGACCUCAAUCUGCCACUGAAGUGAGUCAGAUUGUCAAAACCCAAGGGAAGAUUAUGGUGCCCCGCCCACCUCCUCGAAUAGAAGUGGCAGAAGAAAUGACACCAUACAUCACAGAGACUCCAUAUGGCAUGGACCAUUCCAGCAUCAACUAUAAACAGGCCCUGGUUAUAGAGCAGGCCUUGUGCAAGAAGAAAGAUAAGGGAUUUUUCUCACCAAAAACAUAUCCUGUAAUUGCAACAGAUAGUACUGGUAUGUACACAACUCAGCCACACUCAUAUGCCUGCCCCUUACCAGAGGCCAGCAUGAAAAACAUGCCCAUUUCAGGUCAUCUGGAGACUCAGAACAACCGAAGAGGGACAGUGUACAAUGAAAAAGCCUUUGGUUUAGAUUGCACUCCCACAGAUGAAGAGAUUUCACAGCUCUGGCAUGGUGUUCGCAGUGCCUUAAUCACCAAGGAUGCAAAAACCAUGGGUAAAAGACAAGACACAGACAGUAGGCGAGUUUUAAGGAAAUCCUGCACCGAGCAGAGCAGACAGCCUCCUGGCUCAGGAAGCAGAAGACUUCUUCAGACAUCUCAGACUACAAAGCAAACUACUGAGCUGACCAGGACAGGUUCAGGUUCAAGCAACACAGCCUUUACCAAAGAAGGCUUACUAGAAGAGAAACGUGUUGUGGCUGCCAUGGAGACCUCCCAAACACACAGAUCUGGAACAGUGCAACAACACAGCCAACAGCAGGGGCUCACCACCACAUCUUCUGAGGAGAAGAAAAUCCUUCUCUCCCUGGACAGGCUCAACCACCAGCUGCACUGUUUGCAGGAACAUAUGGGGGGUAAUACUGGCACAUGUGGUCUUGCAAUUAUUGAUGCACACUUUACUAGAGAAGUCAGUGUUGCAAAGAACUACAUGCACCAUACAUCUGCAGCCAACCGCCUCCAAUACCCGAAGAAAUUCUGACUUAAAGCUUGUUUUGGUGGUGCAUACUAUGCAGUACCUUAAUCUUUUUCGAAAUUCUUCAUAAUCAAAAAUUAAUUUUAUUAGAUGUGCCUGCUAUAGUGGCUUUAACAUGAGAAAGAUAAUAAAUAGGAGGUUGCAGAUACAAGUAAUCAAAAUUAGAGCAAAGUGAAUGUUGAAAUUAGUGUUUUGAAAUUAGUUUCUCAUUUUACCCACUGCUUAAGCAAUAUUUCAUUGUCACCAAAAACUUUUCUGGUUUUGUUCCUAUUAAGUGCCUGUGGAAAUUAUACUGGCUUCAGUUUGUUUUUAUUUCUCAAAGGCAAAUACUGUGAGCCUUAUAUCACAUGACUAGUAUUACUUUUUGAAUAUCCAUAUGCUAUAGAUUAGUAAUUAUCUGUAUUUUUCAAGGCAUUUUAGUCUGUAUUUCUGUUUCUUAUUCUGUAUUUAUUUGUUUAUAUUGUAAAGUAAAACUACAAUUUGAUGGAAACUGUUUUGCAAGCUUACUGGAAUCGGACUGAAUAAAGCUUGUUAGCAUUUACAAUUCAGUAAAUGUUUUGAUUAUAUUUACUGUAAACCUGAUCUCCUGUUCAGAGUUAUAUACCCUUAAAUUAUGGUGACAUCACAAAACAAUACACAACGUUAAUUUAUUGAAGACGUUGGCUGGUGCAUAUUUUGUGAUUUCGAUAAAAGCUUUUUUAUCCCCCUUAACAAAUACUGGCUGCAUGGGGAGUAGGGGGUG